AUUAGCGGAUGAAUCAUUGUGUUAUCCAUAUCGCAGACGUGACGAUGUUUUUGUAGUCACUUAACGUUUGGCCGGUGUCGCUAUCGUACGGUUACUGGUGAAAAUGGAGAAUCCGGUGUUUGAGGAGGCAGGAAACCAGGCCGGCAUAGAGAUCUGGACUAUUGAGAACUUCGAGCCGGUUCCCUUUGAUCCCAAGUACUAUGGGAAAUUCUACAACGGCGACUCCUACAUCGUGUUGAAGACCACGGAGGAGUCAUCCUCGCUGACCCACGACGCCCACUUCUGGCUGGGCAGCAAGACCACUCAGGACAAAAAGGGCUCCGCUGCCAUAUGGACGAUCACGUUAGACGACAUGCUGGGCGGCAGAGCUGUGCAUCACCGCGAGGUCCAGGGACACGAGUCCAGUUUGUUUCUGAGCUAUUUCAAGCCAGCCAUCAGAUACCUCGAAGGCGGGAACGAGUCUGGCUUCAACGAAGUGCAGACCAACGCUGGUGCUGAGAAACGUCUCCUGAAGCUGUCCGGAUGCGACAACAUGAGGAUCGAGGAGGUCGCAGCCGAGGCCUCGUCUCUGACAAAGAACCACUGCUUCAUCUUGGAGAACGAGCACGACAUCUUCGUGCUGAUGCCGGAGGGCGCGAAAGCCACCCAGAGGCGGAAGAUCAUCAGCGUCGCCAACAAACUGAGGGACGAGGAACACAACGGGAGAGCCACUAUUGAAAUCAUCGAUGAAUUCUCGUCAGAUGAAGACGUGAAUUUGUUCUUCGAAACCCUAGGAUCCGGCUCAAUGGAUGAAUUAGUUAGCGACGACACUUCAGAGAGCUACACCAGAUCAGAUAUUUCGGCGGUGUACCUCUACAAAGUGUUGGACGGUGAUGAGCAAGAAUUAGUCUCCAUGAACAAGCCCUACAAGCAGAAACAUUUGGCCAGUGACGCAAUGUACAUUCUGGACACGGGAGACACUGGCGUUUACAUCUGGCUGGGGUCGGACCUGGACGCUGACGUUAAGAGGAAAUACCACGAGAUCGCUGGAAAGUAUUUAGAAGACAAGGGAUACCCGAGCUGGGUCCACGUGACGAGAGUGUCGGAGGGCGCGGAGAGCUCGACCUUCAAGCAGUACUUCCACAACUGGGACACGGUGCGGACCGGGGGCUCGGUCAGGGGAAUCAUAUCUGAAAUCGAUUCGGGGUACUUCUCUGGGGACGCUGAGGAGUCGGCGGCCGCGGCCAGGACGAUCGGCAAGAGCGCCACAGCACGGGGCUACAUGCCGGACCAGGGCGAAGGGAGUCUCACGGUGACCAGGAUCUCUGGUGAUCAAGAAGACGUGACAGACAGAUUCCAGCAGGGGACCUCCGUGCUGUACCAAUCAGAGGUCUACGUCAUCACUUACAAAUACCAGAAUGAGAACGAGGAAGAUGCCUGGGUGGUUUACUUGUGGAUCGGUUCAGAAGCGAGUGAUGACGACAAAGAGGCCGGGCAGAUGCUACUGUCGCAGCUAGAAGAGGAUCUAGAAGGAAAUGUUACAUCAGUGAAGGUCCCUCAGGGGAAGGAAUCGAAGCACUUCUUGAGCAUAUUCAAAGGAAGCCUCGUGGUGCUUUUUGGUAGCAAAGAUGAUGAUUACCAGCCGCAGAACUCCAAGAAAUCGUAUGAAGAAGACCAGACGCGGUUGUUCAGGGUGGAGGGAACGGAGACCGGAGUCGACAUGAGAGCGGUCCAGGUGGCGGAAGAAUCGAACGUUCUAGAAGAUGACGACGUAUUCGUUCUGGAGACCGGCAGCGGCGUCUAUGUUUGGAACGGAAAGGAUUCCGACCCUCAAGAACAGGAGGCGGCUCUGAAAUUCGUUGAAAAUGUAGUCAAGGAUAAGGACGUGACGGUGGUGGAACAAGGAGACGAGCCCGAGGAGUUCUGGGAGGCUCUAGGCGGUAUACCCGAAGAGAAAGAGGAGCCGUCGGCGUGGCGUAUGGUUGUCAACAGACGCGUGACGGCGACACGGACCCUGACAGCUGUCAGUGUCGGCGUCGCCGGGAGGGUUAAGUUCGAGGAUCUGGACACGGAAUUCUCUCAGCAGGAUCUUUCUGAAGAUGGAGUUUAUAUUUUGGACACGGGCGAGGAGCUGUACUUCUGGCAGGGAGCCGACGUCACGGAACGCGUCAAAUCCUCCAAACAGGAAGUCAUCAAGAAGUACAUAGAGGACGACGGUCUCGAUCGAACCGUGGACUCGGCGGUGGUCGUGACCGUGAAGCAAGGCGCAGAGCCGCGCGUCUUCAAGAAACUAUUUCCCGACUGGGACGACGGAAUGUGGAGUAAACUAUCAUCUUAUGAAGACAUGAAGAAUAGCACUAAAGCUGCAAAUUCUAAAUAGUUCCGAAAAAACAAGUUCCUUUAUAUAUAAGUGAACAUAGAUAUAUGUAUGUAUUUAAAUAACAGUACCCGCAAUGAAAAGCAAAGUUCGGUUCGUUGACCCCGUUAAUUUAGUUCCCUUACCAUUGCGUGCUGUUCAAAAAUACGUUAUCUAGAGCCAAUCAUGUCAUUUUUAUGUUUUUUUUUUGUUUAAUUAAUCCAAUUUUCAACUGCUUAAUAUAAAUGUGAUCAAUCUUUGCGAGCUUAUUGCUUGUCUUGUGCGAUGGUUACCGUCCCCAAGCUACAGAUGGCGCUCGGGUACUGAUCGCGACAGAAUAAAAAUUAUUUUCUUAAAUACUUUUUAAUUUCAUUCCAAUCGAUUAAAGUCUCAAAUUCAAUCAACUUCAUUACAUUUCGCACAAUAACAUUUAUAUAACUGAAUGUGAUAUAUUUUAUACUUGGACAUUUUGUAUAAUUUCGAUACUGGCAACAAUGGCAUCGCAAGCAUCCGAUUGCCAUACUAAAAAAAAUGUGGAAGAAGAAAUAAACAGAUGACAGUA